CUCCGGCAGGUCGAAAAAGUAUAUAUCCAUAGCCACGGUUGGGAAUGGUUGUCAAUGUCUCUCCGACGCAGCGCCGCAUCGCAUCGCAUCACGUGACCCUAUAUCGGCUGCUUUUCUUCCGCCGGGGAGCCCAAAAAUCAACGAGACAGCUCCAGGCCAGCAGCCCUCCAACCACCCCGUCGCCGGCUCAUCCUGACCGAAUCCCUCCGUGUCCGACUUGAACAGACCUCCCUUUGACAUAGUACCACCAAAAGUCAGGAGCUUGGACGCCCAACCGUCACAAUGGUCAACCUAUUCAAGCGGAUGCGGAAGCUGAAAACCGUAAGGCUCCUCAACAUCCAAGUCGGAACCGGAGCCGCCACCUUCCCCAGCGCCACGUCCGCAACCAAGGAAUUCCCUGCCAUCACCCGCCUACACCUCACAUACGCCCGCAAGAUCUACGGCGGCCACCAAGGCGCCCGACAUUUCUGGCGCAACUGCCUCCCCCGUCUCAAGUACUACAACCCCGCGGUGCCGAUGACCGUACGACAGACCGAUCAGCAGGACGGCCCGGCCGCAUUGACGAUCUACUUCUCCGAGCGGGCCAGCAACGCCGCAACAUUGCUCGCGGGCAAGGUCACCGACCAGCACGCCCCGGAGCCGGCGGCCACGGAACAGUCCGUCGUUUUGGACGUCAAGAACCUCGAUUACAAGGAUAUUUGGACGAAGGUGAAGAAUAUGACGGGUGCGCAGGAGAUUCCUCCCUCCGCGGAGCAGCAGGCGGAGCUACAGAAGCUGGAACAAAUGCGCCAACAGGCUGAUAAGGAUCGGAUGCGUAUAGCAGCUAUUAGACAGGCGAAGGCGGAUCAGGAGCGCAUGCUGCAGGAAGCGAGAGGUGAGGUGGAGAAGUUGAAGCAGCUGUGAGGUUAGUUCGCUUUCGCUUCUGUUGGGUUGAUACCACUCGGCGUGGUCUCUUGUAGCAUAGCAUUUUCUUUACUAUUCCUGUUCGAUUAUGUAGUUUUGGGAAUUCUCUUUCGUGUUUAAUGGUGGCCUACUUGCAUUGUCUGGUUGAGCACGCACCAGUUGUGGGUCUACAUAUAGUAUAGUUACACUCGACAGUGUUGAAGAUCGGGACGCUUCUAGAAGACUAAAAG